AUGUUGUAUUGUUUUGUGUUUUUUCAGGAGCGGUUUAGCUACGUCUGCCCCGACCUCGUUAAGGAGUUCAAUAAGUACGACACAGACGGCUCCAAGUGGAUCAAACAGUACACGGGCAUCAACUCCAUAACCAAGAAGGAGUUCACCAUCGAUGUCGGCUACGAGCGCUUCCUGGGGCCUGAGAUCUUCUUCCACCCCGAGUUUGCCAACCCAGACUUCACCCAGCCGAUCUCAGAGGUGGUGGACGAGGUCAUCCAAAACUGCCCCAUCGAUGUCAGACGUCCGCUGUACAAGAACAUCGUGCUCUCCGGAGGCUCCACCAUGUUCAGGGACUUCGGCCGGCGCCUGCAGAGGGACCUCAAGAGGACCGUGGACGCACGGCUGAAAAUGAGCGAGGAGCUGAGCGGCGGCAAGUUGAAGCCCAAACCCAUUGAUGUGCAAGUCAUCACUCAUCACAUGCAGAGGUACGCUGUCUGGUUCGGAGGAUCAAUGCUGGCGUCUACUGUGAGUAUCAAAACAGCAUUUUCAGCUCCUUUUAUACAUCAUCAUCCCUCCUGCUGCUUUUAGCAAAUGAUGAAAAACGAAAAUUGUGACUGUUCCUUUGUUCGGGACGUUCAUUCGAACAAUGUGAUAUAUAAAUAAACAGCAAAAAAAGCAAAAGUUUUCCCACAUGCACCAAACUUCUGUUAAACAUUUUUUAGUUGACUAACACGGCACAAACUUAUAUUGUUUUAUAUUCAAAUGGAAAGAGA